CAUUGAGCCAAACUUAUCGCUGAAGGGCUCUCAAUUUCGGCAAAAUCACCAACAUUCGCUCGGAUCUGUACUUACCAGCGGCAGCACAAUGCCCUACGACCCGAACUGGGAUCUGGAGGGCGAAGGGGAGGGCCCGGAGGGGGGCUUCAACAAUCCAAGCGAUGCAGAUGAUUACAGCAGCUUGGAAGAUGCAGAUGAUCGGGAAGAGGAGAACCGGGCGCUCGAACAACAAGAACAGCAGGGCCACGCUCAGGCUGGACCCGAGGAUGCCGAGAAAGUGGAGCGCAUGGAAGUCGAUCAGCCCGAGGCCCGUCGAGACCAGUCUCGGGCGGACAGCCUGGACGCAACGCCCAAGAACAACCUUCCCUUCCCCGGAGCAGCCCGGCUUGGAAGGUUAUCCCAGGUUGAAGUGGUCAUUCACUCCAGUCCAAGGAGGGACGGUUUCCUGUCGGCGGAUGCAGUCGCAGGCGAGUAUGACGAUCACGACGAGGAGACAAACCUGGUCACCUCAGACCUUGUACCCAAACCAAGGGUCAGGCAUUCUGGCGAUGCGGCUAAGAAACUGCCAAUACUGCCCCCCAAAAACACCCAGCCUCCUGCCGCACCCGCCACGUUAGCCACCGUCACGCCUCAACCGAAGAAGCGUGGCCGCCCGGUGGGAUGGAGACUAGGCUUCGGCCCCUAUUCGGCCAUGAAAGCAGGGUUGCCACCGGGGUCGUCAACACCGCGGCCUAAACCAAAGAAGCCGACCAGCGAACUGAAGCCACGAAAGCGUCCCGGGCGAAAACCCGCUCCUUCCGCCCGUCAGAUCUAUCUCCAGCUCAAUCCGCACUUCAUCCGCUUCCGCUGCGAGUGGCAGGACUGCCCGGCGGAGCUCCAGAACCUCGAGACAUUACGAAAACACAUCCUCGUAGUCCACGGCCGUACGUUGACAACAGUGACAUCGUCACAAACAACGUCACCUCCACCAUCAUCAGCGCCCGCCCAACAGCUAACGUGCAAGUGGGCCACCUGCGUCUCUCCUCCUCUUCCCACGCGCGAUGCCUUCGCCGCGCACGUCGAAACGGCCCACCUCUGCCCCUUCCUCUGGCACGCCGGCGACGGCCCGCGCAACAGCACGCCCUCGCCCUCCUUCCCGCUCCACCCGCGCAGGCCCGCGAACAACAACCUCCGCCACCAUCCCCGACAACAAACAGACUCCAGCAACAGUACCAGCAACAACAACAACAACAACAACAACAACAACAACAACAACAACAACAGCAACAACACCAACGACGCCGACGACCCGCUACCAGCCUACCUCUUCGACGCGGCGGGCAACCAGGUGACGCCGUCGGUGCGCGACCAGCAGACGGAGACGGACGAGGACCGGCGGCGGCGGGCGGCGCGCAUCGCGCGCGCGCUGGCCCAGCGCGACCGCAACGCGCCCGACGAGCCCGAGUACACGGCGCGCGAGCUCGAGGACAUGGCGGCCGCCGCCGCGGCGAAGCGGGCCGCCCAGCGCAUGUUCCGCGAGUACGCCGACCGGUACAUGUACAUGCAGGAGGAGCAUGCAGCCAGGGAGCACGGCGUCGACUGGUGA